UGGAGCGGCCCUGAGGAGCAGGCGGCCAGGGGCAGCUGAGCUGGCCGAGGGCACUGCCGGGGCCUGCCCGGCCGAGCGAGGAAAGAGGCAGGAGGGGUCAGAGGCUCCGUCCUUGGGGGUCGAGGCUGCCCCUCAGCCUCUGCUUCGGACGGCUGUGUGGCGAUGGGCAAUACCCUGGGCCUCUCCUGACUCAGUUUCCUCCCCUGUAACAUGCGGAAAGGGGGGCUUCCCCACACGCAGGCUUGUGGGGAUCAAACUAAAUGGGAAGAGUGUUCGAGAGCCCCCCGGAGUCAUCCCAGAGGACCGGCAGAGCUGGAGACGCAGGGAGCUGUCAGGACGCCCAGGCCGAUGGGGAAGGAGGCCUCGGCAGGACGCGGGUGGAUGACGGGAGGCGGCCGGCAGUGAGGGAGACACGCUCCCUCCCGGCGACCAUGCGGUUUGGGACAGGACAUCCCUGAGGACACAGCUUCCCCUUCCGCCCCCCCAUCACCCCGGAAGGCUGAGCACGUCUCCCACAACAAUGGUCCCCAUGGCCGCCUGCCGGUGGGGGGCACUGUGGGCAUGCGUGGCCGCAGCCACCCUGCUGCAUGUGGGCGGGCUGGCCUGGGGCGACUGCUGGUUGAUCGAGGGUGACAAGGGCUUCGUGUGGCUGGCCAUCUGCAGCCAGAACCAGCCACCAUACGAGGCCAUCCCGCAGCAGAUCAACAGCAGUGUGGUGGACCUGCGGCUCAAUGAGAACCGCAUUCGCAGCGUGCAGCAUGCCUCCCUCAGCCGCUUCGGCAACCUCACGUACCUCAACCUCACCAAGAACGAGAUAGGCUUCAUCGAGGAUGGCGCCUUCUCGGGCCAGUUCAACCUGCAGGUGUUGCAGCUGGGCUACAACCGGCUGCGGAGCCUGACGGAGGGCGUGCUGCGUGGGCUGGGCAAGCUGGAGUACCUGUACCUGCAGGCCAAUCUUAUUGAAGUGGUUGCGCCCGGCGCCUUCUGGGAGUGCCCCGGCAUCGUCAACGUGGACCUGUCCAUGAACCGCAUCCAGCAGCUGCACAGCGCCACGUUCUCCGGGCUGCCCCGGCUGUCUGUGUGCGAGCUCUACAGCAACCCCUUCUACUGCUCCUGCGAGCUCCUGGGCUUCCUGCGCUGGCUAGCCGCCUUCACCAACACCACGCAGACCCAUGACCGCAUGCAGUGCGAGUCGCCGCCACUCUACUCUGGCUACUUCCUCCUGGGCCAGGGCCGCCACGGCCACCGCAGCAUCCUCAGCAAGCUGCAGUCUGUGUGCACCGAUGGCUCCCAUGCGGCCGAGCCCAUCCCGGGGCCAGGCCGUCCGCAGCCGGGCCGCUUACCGCCCCCGCCCCUGCCACCUGAGCCCAGUGAGGCCCCCUGUGCCGAUGAUGAGUGCUUCUCUGGCGACGGCACCACACCGCUGGUGGCCCUGCCCACGCUGGCCACCCAGGCCGAGGCCCGUCCCUUCAUGAAGGUCAAGCAGCUGACGCAGAACUCGGCUACCAUCAUGGUGCAGCUACCCAGCCCGUUCAACCGCAUGUACACGCUGGAGCACUUCAACAACAGCAAGUCGUCCACUGUCUCCAGGCUGACCAAGGCCCAGGAGGAGAUCCGCCUGACCAACCUGUAUGCACUCACCAACUACACCUACUGCGUGGUCUCCACCAGCUCCGGGCUGCACCACAACCACACCUGCCUCACCAUCUGCCUGCCCAAGCCUCCCAGCCCACUUGGGCCCGUGCCCAGCCCCUCCACGGCCACCCACUACAUCAUGACGAUCCUGGGCUGCCUGUUCGGCAUGGUGCUGGUGCUUGGUGCCGUCUACUACUGCCUGCGCAGACGGCGGCGCCAGGAAGAGAAGCACAAGAAGGCAGCCUCAGCGGCCUCGGCCGGCAGUCUCAAGAAGACCAUCAUUGAGCUCAAGUAUGGGCCCGAGUUGGAGGCGCCCAGCCUGGCCCCGCUGUCCCAGGGUCCGCUGCUGGGCCCUGAGGCCGCACCCCGCAUCCCAUACCUGCCAGUGGCCGCCAGCGAGAUGGAGCAGUACAAGCUGGUGGAGAGCUGCGAGACGCCCCAGGCCGGCAAGGGCGGCUACAUGGAGGUACACACGGGUGAGCAGGCAGAGCGCAGGGACUGUGAGACGGGCCGGCCGGGCCCCAGCAGCCAGAGCUCCGUGGCUGAGAUCUCCACCAUCGCCAAGGAGGUGGACAAGGUCAACCAGAUCAUCAACAACUGCAUCGAUGCGCUCAAGUCUGAGUCUGCCUCUUUCCAGGGCGGCAAGCAGGGGGCCGUGUCGGCGGCUGAGCCGCCGCUGGUGCUGCUGGCUGACCCGCUGGCGGGCAAGCAUGGUUUCCUAGCACCCGUGUACCAGGACCCCUUCGGCCAUGGCCUGCCACGGCACCACAGCGUGGAGGCAGCUGCGGGGCCCCCACAUGCCAGCAUCUCGUCCGGCAGCUCUGUGCGCAGCCCGCGGGCCUUCCAUGCUGAAGCCGCCAGUAUGCACAAGGCUGCGACUGCCGAGGCCCAGUACAUCGAAAAGAGCUCACCUGCGGCCGGUGCCAUCCUCACUGUGACGCCCGCGGCCACCGUGCUGCGGGCCGAGGCCGAGAAGGGCCGCCAGCACCGGCACUCGUACCCCGGGUCCCACCCCACUGCACCCUCCGUGUCCCCCGCACCCCCACCCCAGGAGGGCCCAGGCGGCCGCAAGGCAUCCAUCCUGGAGCCUCUGACCCGGCCGCGGCCCCGCGACCUGGCCUACGCACAGCUGUCUCCGCAGUACCAUAACCUGAGCUACUCCUCCAGCCCCGAGCACACCUGCAGGGCCCCCCAGAGCAUCUGGGGGCGCCUCGGACUGAGCCGCCGGCGGCACAAGGAAGACGAGGAGUUCAUGGCGGCUGGCCAUGCCCUGCGCAAAAAGGUGCAGUUUGCCAAAGAUGAGGAUCUGCACGACAUCCUGGACUACUGGAAGGGUGUGUCUGCCCAGCACAAGUCCUGAGCCCACCACCUGGUGCCGCCCCCGAAACUCGUGAUGCCCACUGGACCAAAAAGGACCUGAGCCACUGCAGCUGUCUGUAAACCAGAGACUUACACACACACACUCACACUCAGCAGCCAUCGCUGACGCCUGGGGGCCUGCAGAGAAAGUGGGGAGGAGGCGCUGACAGCAGACACAGGCGGCCGAAUGCCUGCCCGGCCCUGGUGGUCUCACUGGUGUGAGCGGCUGCCCACACUCACUGUGCGCGCGCGCGCACACACACACACACACACACACACACACACACACACACGGGACUUCGGAAAACUGUGUCUUAGGGGUAGGGGUGGGGGAUGGGAGAUUUUUUUCAUUAUCUCUCUUCGUUUGAUUCUUCUGCCUCUAUUUUCCUUUCUCUUUUCUUCCGUUUUUAAAAAUAAAUAAAUAAAAGCUCUCUUAACAAGAUAUGAAAUACCAGACAUGGGGAGCACGGCCUACGUGGCCGCCUGCUUGCAUGAUCUCCUGUCUGUGGUUCUCUGUGGACGUUGUUCAGUCUGUCUCUUCACUGCCACCUCCGGAGGCCACCAGAGAGGGGCAGAGCGGAUGCAGGCAUCCGGGGCUGUCCUGGAGCCCUGCAGGACUCAGGGGGGGGCCGUGCCUGUGGGCGACGGGGUGGCCCGGAGGGGCGAGGUGGAAGUGCUCCCGCCCUGCCCCCACUGCACACGGCUGUCAUCCUAUUGUACAGAAGAAUAUUUCUAUAUUUGCAAUGUUUGCUGUAAAAUCAGAGAGAGAAAAGAACUAUGUCUACUAAAAAAAAAAUUCUGCAAAGGAAAAAAACCCAAAUACUUGUUUGUACUGGGUUUUUACUGUGGGAAUUAGGGAAAUAUUUGGGGGUUCUUUUAUGGCUGGUUUGGGGAUGGGGCCCUGGUUCCAGGUGGGUCACUACUGAGCUCUCUUCCCAGGGGGCAGGCAUGACCUCGAAUGGCCACUGGCAGAGCACCUGAGAAUC